GUCAAAUAUUGUUACGCAGUAGUCCAGUCGACGGUCCAGACGUACGGUCAAAUACAUUUUGCUGAUAGUUAAUUGAUUCAUUCCUGUCUUGUUUUCCUCGAGAAGAAGAAUGUUUCGCCUAUGUUCAAUCCGUUUCUGGUUGGCUCUGAUGAGCACGUCGUUGCUGCUAGUCGACGCCAAUCCGCUCGGCAAUCCAUCCUACCCGCAAUCCGGAAAAGCUCUGCAGCCCAGGGACGCAGCGUUGGAUAAUUACGUCCGGUUGGUCAUCAACAACUUCUUUGCGGCACUCGAAGAAGGAAUCCCUGCUCUCGGCAUUCCCCCCAUGGACCCGCUAUGGAUAGGCAACAUCACCAUUCCUACUCUGACGGUACCGGGGGGAGAGAUAGAUGCUGCCAUAGCGAACACUGCAGUCCAUUAUUUGUCGACACUGGUUGUGACAACUUUACACAUCGAUCUUGCCCAAUUCAGCAUGGACUUACGCUCUUUUAUGCCUUACAUGAAGAUCGACGGCCUGUAUGACCUCAGCGGAAUUGCAGGAGUCGUUUUCCCAAUUUACGGUAACGGUCCUUACAGACUGGAAGUCUUUGAAGUCAACAUGCUCGGCGGUGGAUCAAUGGGCUUGGACGAAACGGGCAACUACUUGCAGUUGACUUCACUCGAGAUGGAUGUCUCUUUUACAACCAUGGUCGUUUAUUUUGAAAACCUUCUUGGAGGAGGAGAUUUAGGCGACACGUUAAACGACAUCCUAAGUGAACUAGGAAUGGCCAUCUUCGACAUGGUGAAGCCUAUCGUUAUCGAGAAUCUAACGACGGGCAUCAUGAAAGUCGUGAAUAACGCUCUUUCACAAUACCCAAUUGGAAAUCUGACUUCAGCGGCCAAAUUUGACGACUGGCAAUGAAAGAAACACUAAUUUGAUCCAUCAACGACCACCGCAACUAAUCAUCUUAAACAAUAAACACCCAUUCAAUUCAUAGGUCUCAAUGAGGCGGUGUAAUUAGUUCGAAACACGACAAGAGAAUACACAGCAAGCACUUUGUCAUGCAUGAUA